GAAACAAAUUAUCUCGGGUUGCAGUAAAGUAAUAGUAAGUGUUCGAAAGUCAGUGCGGUAUAUAUGAAACAAUUUCUUGUAGCCAUACAAGGAGAAAAGUGUAGACUGUAGAGAAUAUUUGCAACCAAGGAUGCUCAUUUGUUGAUAGCGCAGAAGCUCGUAUAACCAAUGAUAGCCAGAAAGUACAAUUUGGUGUUGCGCGGUGAAACUGAAAUUUUUCUGUCUUGAAUUUGCUCGUAGAGGUUAACUUUAAUGGCCAUGGCCAAAGUAGUCGUGAUUUUAUUUCUGCCACAGAUCGUUGACCGUUUUCUCUGGUACGUUGCGCGUCACGUGGUUAUGGUUAAGGACAGGUUAGGACAAGAAUUAAACGGGACUGCCAAACGCGUAGUCUGCCGCAGUUCAGUCAUCGUUCACUUCAAAUCAGCUGACGACGGAACAUCUCCCAUUUCCGUCGUACCUCGCGGCGACACAUUUAACAGCACUUGUUCAGCAAAGAUGUCUGAGUUAAAAAAGAAUCCAAACACUCAGACGUGUGACUUUGGUGGUCUCCUGGAGGCGAGAGAUGUGGCGCUCAUAACUUUGGUAGUGGGAGAAACACAGCUGGUGGUACACAGGUCUGUCUUGGUGGCCAAAAGCCCAGUGUUCGCUGCAAUGCUGACCCACGACACAGUGGAGGCCAGCAGCAGUCGCAUCGUCGUCACAGAUGUUGAGCCAAAGGUGCUGCAGCAGCUGCUGCUGUUUAUGUACAAGGACUGUGUUCCUCAGCUUUGCAGUAUGGCAACACAGCUCUUGGUGGUCGCAGACAAAUAUUGCGUUCUCGACUUGAAGGCACAGUGUGAACUACAGCUGGUCAUAGAUCUGGCCGUGGAGAAUGUCGUGUCGAGUGCGUUGCUUGCAUUGCGCCAUUCCUGCCCACGUUUGAAGGAAACUGCUGGGCACUUCCUCGAGGCUAACCUCACCAGGGUGAUGGACACAGAAGGAUGGGCAGAGGCAGUACGAAACAACCCAGAAGAAUUCAUGGAACUCAAUCGCAUGCUCGCUUCGACCAGAAACACUUGUCAGGAGGAGAUGGACAGAAAACUACUCCAGGCAGUUGAAAACAAGAGGCUAAAGGAGGUCGAAGAUCUCCUAGCCACAGGAGCAUACGUGGGGGCACGGGAUGCGAGCGGGAGGAGUGCCCUGCACAGUGCAGCUACCACGGGAAUUGCAUCAUGCCUGCUGGAGGCUGGUGCGCUUGUCAGUGCGAGGGACAAGUGGCACCGUACGCCUCUGCAUGCAGCCGUACAGAGGGGCAACACAGAUGUGGCUCGUCAGCUGGUGAGGGCCUCUGGUAAUGUGAACGCUGCUGACUUGUACGGGGACACGCCACUGCACUUGGCGGCACAAUUGGGCAACUACGAUGUGGUAAAGGUACUGCUGACUGUGGGUGCAGAUAAGGGUGCUAGAAACAAUUUGGGUGAGACACCCUUGGAUGUGGCUGAGCGUUAUAAAAAUGAGCGUCUAAUGGCCAUGCUCAGUGUUUCAGGUUCAGCCAAGAUGUCGGAGAUAAAUGGGAAUUUGAAAACCCCAGCAUGUGACUUCAGUGCUCUCCUAGAAGCCAGGGAUGUGGCACUCGUAACAUUGGUGGCGGGAGAAACACAGCUGGCAGUACACAGGUCUGUCUUGGUGGCCAAAAGCCCAGUGCUGGCUGCAAUGCUCGCUCACAACGAGAUGGAGACCGGCAACUGUCGCAUUGUAGUCACAGAUGUUGAGCCGAAGGUGCUGCAGCAGCUGCUGCUGUUUAUGUACAAGGAUAGCACUCCGCAGCUCUGCAGUAUGGCGCCACAGCUCUUGGUGGCUGCAGACAAGUAUUGCAUUCUCGACUUGAAGGCACAGUGCGAACUGCAGCUGGUCGAAGAUCUGUCUGUGGAAAACGUCGUGUCGACUGCAUUGCUCGCAUUGCGCCACUCCUGCCCACAUUUGAAGGAAACUGCUGUGUGUUUCCUCAAGGCUAAUCUUGCCAAGGUGAUGGGCUCUGAAGGAUGGGCAGAGGCAGUGCGAAACAAUGCUGAAGAAUUCGUGGAACUCAGUCACUUGCUUGCAACAACCAGGAGUGCUUCUCAGAAGGAAAUGGACAGACAGCUGCUUGAGGCGGCUGAAUUCAGAAGGUCUUUGAAUCAUCUUGUAACCACAGGGGCAUACGUGGGGGCACGAGACAGGAGGGGGAAGACUGCCCUUCAUUUUGUUGCAGACUACGUGGACGAGGACGACAUAAAGUUGCUGCUGGAAGCUGGAGCAGAUGUGGAGGCACGGGAUUCGAAUGGUAGGACUGCACUGCACUAUGCAGCUGCAGUUACCAGUUCAUACAAGCAAAGCACAGAGUGUCUGCGUCAGGCUGGUGCACGAGUGGAUGCGAGGGACAGGUGGCUCCAAAUACCUCUGCAUUGUGCCGUGCAGGCUGACAAUCUGGAAACUGUUAAGGAUCUUUUAGCAGCCUCCAGCGACGUGAAUGCUGCUGACGUAUAUGGGAACACACCACUACACCUGGCGGCACAGAGGGGCAACGCAAAUGUGGUAAAGGCACUGUUGGACCUGAGAGCGGAAAAGGAUGCCGAGAACAGCUUGAGAGAGACACCUCUGGAUGUGGCCAAGAAGUGUAAUAAUAAUCAGCUGUUAGCCAUUCUCAGCAUAACCCUGUCUGCAGACAAAGUAGAGAAGAAUAAGUCUGUGCACAACUGUGACUUGGAGUAUCUGGACCAUGACAACAAAACAAAAAGGUGA